GGAGAUGUCACCAGGCCUAUCAGCAUUUAUUAAUUCUUUAAGACCCUAGAGUUCUGCUAAGUUUCUCUAGGGUACCUGAAAAAAGGAGGCAGCUGAAGUUUGUCACUGGGCCUGGUAACCUGAGCAACAGGUCUCAGGUAACAACAGCCUCAGCAUCAAUAAUUGAAAUCAGGUCCAGUCUCCUUCUUCAGGGUUAUUCCUCUCAAGGACUUCCCAUUCUGGUACUCUGGUCUUUUCUAGGAGCCUUCAGCCCAGGACUCAGGUAGGAACAAUGUCCCCUGCCAUCGCACUGGCACUCCUGCCACUCGUGGUGACACUGCUGGUGAGGUGCCGACACCAUCUCCGACUGCUGCUGCACACAGUCCUGCUGAGGAGCUUCAGGGACUGCCUGUCAGGCCUUCGAACUGAGGAACGGGCCUUCAGCUACGUGCUCACCCAUGCUCUGCCUGGAGACCCUGGUCACAUCCUCACCACUCUAGACCACUGGAGCAGCUGCUGCGAGUACCUGAGUCACAUGGGCCCUGUGAAAGGUCAGAUUCUGAUGCGGCUGGUGCAAGAGAAGGCCCCUGCUUGUGUGCUGGAGCUGGGCACCUACUGCGGAUACUCUACACUGUUUAUUGCGCGGGCUUUGCCCCCUGGGAGUCGCCUUCUCACUGUGGAGCGGGACCCUCGUACAGCAGCAGUGGCUGAAAAACUCAUCCGGCUGGCUGGCUUCGAUGAGCAAAUGGUGGAGCUCAUUGCGGGCAGCGCAGAGGAAGUGAUCCCACGCCUGAGAGCUCAGUACCAGCUGAAUCGGGCAGAUCUGGUGCUGCUGGCACAUCGGCCUCGUUAUUAUCUACGGGACCUACAGCUCCUGGAAGCCCAUGCCCUACUCCCAAGUGGUGCCACUGUAUUGGCUGACCAUGUGCUUUUCCCUGGUGCACCGCGCUUCCUACAAUACACAAAGAGCUGCGGCCGCUAUCGCUGUCGCCUCCACCACACCAGCCUCCCAGACUUCCCUGCCAUCAAGGAUGGCAUAGCCCAACUCACCUAUGCUGGACCUGGCUGAGAUCCAGGACCUGGGUGGGAUAUUUACUGAUACAACCCCAACCCCACUCAAGCAAGGACCUCAGAAUAUCCCCUUUCCCUUUGUUUAGUGUCCAGCAUAUGCUAGGUUCAGGCUGGGGAAGCUUUCUUCUCAACUCGGCCUGCCCCCAACCUCUAUAUCAAUCCAAAGUGUCAAAUUCUAUCAGUCUUCUUGGUCCCACAAGAUCCUCUCCUAGAAAACUGGAGACUGCAAGCAGGAGUCCUGAGCCCUUGUUCUGUUAGCAAUUGCUCCCUCCAGGUGAGUCCUUCCUUCUUCUGAGAUUGCUUAUUCUCUUAAUAUUAAGGGCUGGAAAGAUGGCUCAGCAGUUAAGAGCACUGGCUGCUGCUCCCUAUCUGGAGGACUCAGGUUCAAUUUCCAGCACUCACAUGGCACAGGCACACAUGUGAUAUUCAUACACACAUACAUACAAAAAAUCUCUAAGCAUAAAUAAAUUACAACAAAAAGAAGACAGCUGGCUGGCAGAGCCCCCAGAGCCUCCCAGCUGUGGGACUCAGACAGCUUCUGGAUGGAAUCAGAGGCAGCUGCAGACAAUGAGGCCCCGUAGAGCAUCCAGGUGCCAGCUAGGC